ACCGGGAGCGCCGCGAUGGAGGUCCCGCCCCGGCUCUCCCAUGUGCCGCUGCCGCCGCCGCCGUUGUUCCCCUCGGCUCCGGCUACUCUAGCCUCCCGCAGUGUCUCCCAUUGGCGGCCGCGGGCGCCCCGGCAGCUCGCCCCGCUCCUCCCUUCGCUCGCUCCCAGCGCCGCCCGACAGGGGGCGCGCCGGACCCCUCGCUACGUCACGGCCCAGCAGCCCUCGCGAUUGGCGGACGGGGCGGCUAUAAAGGGAGGGCGCAGGCGGCGGCCGGAUCUCUUCCGCCGCCAUUUUAAAUCCAGCUCCAUACAACGCUCCGCCGCUGCCGCCGCCGGGACCCGGACUGCGCGCCAGCAUCCCUCUGCCGACAGCUCCGCCAUCAUGGAGGACAUGAACGAGUAUAGCAACAUAGAGGAAUUCGCAGAGGGAUCCAAGAUCAACGCGAGCAAGAACCAGCAGGAUGACGGUAAAAUGUUUAUUGGAGGCUUGAGCUGGGAUACAAGCAAGAAAGAUCUGACUGAAUAUUUGUCUCGAUUUGGGGAAGUUGUAGACUGCACUAUUAAGACAGAUCCAGUCACUGGACGAUCGAGAGGAUUUGGGUUUGUGCUCUUCAAAGAUGCUGCUAGUGUUGAUAAGGUUUUGGAACUCAAAGAACACAAACUGGAUGGCAAAUUGAUAGACCCGAAAAGGGCCAAAGCCUUGAAAGGAAAAGAACCCCCUAAAAAGGUUUUUGUGGGUGGAUUGAGCCCAGAUACUUCUGAAGAACAAAUUAAAGAAUAUUUUGGAGCCUUUGGAGAGAUUGAAAAUAUCGAACUUCCAAUGGAUACAAAAACAAAUGAAAGGAGAGGAUUCUGUUUUAUCACAUACACAGAUGAAGAGCCAGUAAAGAAAUUGUUAGAAAGCAGAUACCAUCAAAUUGGUUCUGGGAAGUGUGAAAUUAAAGUUGCACAACCCAAAGAGGUAUAUAGACAACAACAGCAACAACAGAAAGGAGGAAGAGGUGCUGCCGCUGGUGGACGAGGUGGUACUAGGGGUCGUGGACGAGGUCAGGGCCAAAACUGGAACCAAGGAUUUAAUAACUAUUAUGAUCAAGGAUAUGGAAAUUAUAAUAGUGCCUAUGGUGGUGAUCAAAACUAUAGUGGCUAUGGCGGAUAUGAUUAUACUGGGUAUAACUAUGGGAACUAUGGAUAUGGACAGGGAUAUGCAGACUACAGUGGUCAACAGAGCACUUAUGGCAAAGCAUCUCGAGGGGGUGGCAAUCACCAAAAUAAUUACCAGCCAUACUGAAGGAGGACAGUAGAGAAAGCAGGAGAUGUAAAGAAACCAUCUUACAGGACGACAUUGAAGAUUGCUUGAUCUUCUGUUGAUCUAAGAUGACUAUUUUGUAAAAGACUUUCUAGUGUACAAAGACACAGAUGUGUCCAGCUGUAUAUAGCCGCCAAUUAGUUUCUUUGUUUUUACUUUGUCCUUUGCUAUCUGUGUUAUGACUCAAUGUGGAUUUGUGUUUAUACAAAUGUUAUUUGUAUGAUUCCUUGUUAAACCUCAAAUAAAUGCUUCCUUAAGUGA